CUCAACUCAAUAGAAUAAUACGGUAUGCUAAAUCAAUCACUUCCGCAGUGUUUCUGCAACGUUGCAGUACACAUCGUUGACUCCGACGACUAAUGUUAGGCCUAAUGGAACUCACACAUAUCAACUCAGAUCAAUGAAGAAGCUCCAUGGACCCUACAACUGACCAACUUUUUAUUCUUAAUGGCGUUAAGAAGCUAACCACUAAAGAUAGCCCUCCAUUUGAGUGCAAACUUAACGGGGACUCGACCUUUCCUCUUGUACGAACUAAACAGGAUAAGGUUAUUGUUGCAGCAGCAUUUCACGGACUUGGUAGAAUCGUUGUUUUUGGAAACAAAAAAUUCGUCACCAGUGAGAAUGAGGAUGACGACUUUAAUAUCUUAGUAAACAAUGCGUUCAGGUGGCUUACGGUUAGAAAAAGUUCUCGUGUUGGGAUCUGGGUUCCAGGUUGCGAUACUCUACAAAGACGAUUAUCAGACGCUGGAUUUGAUGUCUUUGAUUUUCUUCCAGCAUCCACGACGAAUGUAGACGUAAUAUUUACAGAUAAAAUAGCGCUAAAUGAGGCAGAAACUGAGUUUGUUGAUAGCUUUGUCCGUAAUGGUGGUGGCUUACUGGUUGGUGCUAAUGAAUUAAGUUCAUUACAAGAAUCGGUUAACAACUUCAUAACUGGUUGUGGAAUCUCUUUGCUCAGUCAAGUAUCAGAAGAAAGCAGUGAAUACAAUGUUGGAGUACCUGAGCCGUCAGAAUCAUUGCAUUAUAUUUUCAAGGAAGUUGGAAAGCAGAUCGAUUUUAAAAAUAGUUCACCUUCAAAAUUGCUACUAUAUGGUGAACACACAUUUGGGGUAGUUGUACGAGAAGAUGGUGACGGCGUAGUUGUUGCAGCUAGCCAUGUUGGUCUUGGAAGAGCUAUGCACUGGGGACAUAACGGUAUCCUCAACAAAUGCAGAGAAUAUGGCAUCGAAACAUUAAUAGAGAACACGUUCAGGUGGAUGUCGAGAAAUAAAGUUGCAGCCAAAAUUGGUUUUCUAAAACCUGUAAAAGAUCAGUUGAAAGAGACAGUAGAAAACCUAGGACUAACAGUAAUUCGGAUUAAUAUUGAUGAUGAUUUUGGAGAUCUGGAUAUUUUGGUUGCAGAUAGUAGCCACGAAUACACACAACAUCAACUUGAUAAAUUCUACAGCUUCCUAUCAACUGGUGGAGGAUUACUUACUGGUGGUCAUAACUGGAUUACUAAAAAUGACAGCACAAGUGCCAUUGUUAAACCAGCAGGCAUAAUGAUAAGUGAAAAACCUGCGCGAGGUAAAGGUUAUGAGACAGCAAAUCAAAAGAUGCAGUAUAUUCUUAAUGUUACCUUGGCAUUAAAACGAUUCUUACAACAUGCUGAUGGAGAAAUUGAAUUGGACGAGACAGAACAGCAGAGUUACAGAACUAGUAUUUGUCAAGCGCUUGAGGAAUUACCAUUGACGUGUAAGAUAGUAUUCAACUUAGCUAGAGAAUAUCUUCAAAGAAUCCCAGUGGCUAUACCAACAAAGAAAUCGCCUGUAGACAUUUGGACUCAGCCAGUUUCGGCUUCAUACGCGUUCAUUUACAGCAUACUGGCAUUGAGAUUGCAACCUUCCGAUCUACAACAAUUGAAACUGAACGGCGAAGUCUUUCCUGGAGAAGCUUCAUCAAACAUCCAACCAUCAUCUACGACAAUAACAAUCGACGCAACUUAUGAUGGCCUGCUAAGAAACUUCCCUUCUGCCAACAAAGCUGUAAGACGUAGUACUGGUCUGUAUGCUGCACCUGCCGAAAUCAUUAAUGUAACAAUUCCAGGUGAAGCAAUUGAUAGUAAAUUAUGUGUACUGAUAGGCUGCCAUACUGACAAUCUUGAGAAGAAGGAACAAUUGCAUCGAUUCCCAAGGAUUUCAAGAUCGUUUGAUCUGGAUUCAGUCACAACACAAGCUGCGAAUGUCUUUGGUGGUUUGAUCUACAUCACGGUACCAUGUGACACCAAGAUUGGACCAAUUUCUGUCACCGUUGAUGGUGCAUGUAAGUCUCCGCAGUUUUUUGCUGGUAAAACAAGUCUAGAAGAAUGGCAACUAUCAAUGGAAAACCAUAACGUACCAUUUUGUGAGCUAAUUUCUGAAAAUAUCAUCAUCACCCUACCUUCGUCAGAUGCAUUAAAACACUGGGAAGACGCACAGGCGAUAAUGGAAAUAUAUGAACGGGUCGUCUGCAGUUAUGCUGAGUUAUCUGGUAUUGACGUUAAAAGACCUAGAGAAGAGCGUUUUGUUCUUGAUGUUCAGAUCUCUAAAGGUCAGAUGCAUGCUGGGUAUCCGAUUAUGGGACCCAUAACAAAUUCAGAUAAGAUGAUAAGCCUAGACCGUGUAAGAAACAAUAAUAUCUGGGGUCCGUUACAUGAACUGGGGCACCAGCAUCAAAGCAAUGGAUGGAAUCCAGUAGGGACGAAAGAAGCUACUUGUAACAUUUACUCAGUUUAUGCCUCAGAGGAAGUUAUGAAGAUACCUCGCGAGAUGGCACACGGGGCGCUAAAGAAGGAGAAACGAAUACAGAGAGUGGAGGACUACGUCAUAGAAGGCUCUCAGUAUAAGAACUGGAAUGUUUGGACAUGUCUUGAGACCUAUCUUCAACUGCAAGAAGCUUUCGGAUGGAAAUUUAUCUCUGAUAUGUUAGGUCAAUAUAACAACCCAUCAUUUAAGUCACCAAAAACAAAUACAGAACAAUUAGAUGUUUGGAUGGUACUCUCAUCAAAGUUGACAGGUUUCAAUCUCGGCCCAUUCUACAAGGCAUGGGGCUGGCCGGUCACUGAUGAAGCCUUACAAUCCAUAGAAACCCUACCAGCCUGGGACGAUAAUCCCAUGAUUGACCGUCUCAACCCAUAGACCUGUGAUUAGGCCAUUUAUUAGCUUGUUAUAGUUUUGCCAAGUUUCGACGAAACAAGUGGACAUUAUAAUUAUGAAAAUAAUUAAUAACACUAAUAAUAAUAUUAAAUUAUUUAACACUCUGCUACUUUUUUUUAAUUGUUUUUUGGUAGUAGUUUACAGAAUGCACUGAAAAUUGGCGGCAGCAAAACUGCAUCGGCAACUGUUAUUAGUAAGAUAAUAGCAUUCAGACUAGAAUUAGUCGUAUAAGAAAAUGAUAUUUAUUUCCAUGAUAAAUAAAUAAAACUAAGAUGAAAUAUCAUCCUGUUUGAGACACCGUGUAAAUGUAGAAUGUUGCAACGCUACAGCUUUUUUGAUUUUUUUUUUCGUUUAAUAAUAGCAGACUUUCCCCCUUAAGGUAUAUUUUGUAGUUAUGUCUCCACAUAUGGCCCAUGCAACACAAAGAUUAUAGCAGACCCUGACGGAAUAAAUGCAUUAUUCUAAAUCAUUCCUCCAUGGUUAGACAUAGGCUAGAGUUAAUAUAUGUUGACAGAUGAUACAAUGUUGCACUGUGAACAGGGUGUACGCAUAUACAUAUUGUAUUGUUCAAUUCGUAAUUGUUAUGGGUUAAUAAACACGUUCCCUUUACUUUGAAAUAAAGUUACUUUAACCAAAUACAAA